AUGGCGGCGGCUGCGGGACGAAGCGCUAGGCUGGCGGCCUGGAGCGGAAGACUACGGCGCGGGCUGGCGGCCAGCCGACGAGCCGUGCCGAGCCCUGGCCCUUUGGCGGCAGCUCUAGCCGGCGUGGCCCUGGCAGGGGCGGGAGCGGCCUGGCAUCACGGCCGCGUGAGAGUGGCCGCGCGCGAGGGCAACCUUACGGCCCUAGCACAGAAAAAUGACUUUGGAUCCAUGGAGAAACUUUCUCUUCGUAAACAGAGGUUCAUGCAGUUUUCUUCACUGGAACAUGAGGGAGAAUAUUACAUGACACCUCGAGAUUUCCUCUUUUCAGUAAUGUUUGAGCAAAUGGAACGUAAAACAUUGGUCAAGAAGCUGGCAAAAAAGGAUGUUGAGAAUGUACUUGCAGGAAUCCAAACAGCUCGUUGUGGAUCAACCUUCUUUCGAGACCUUGGUGAUAAAGGAGUAAUUUCGUAUACUGAAUAUCUUUUCUUGCUUACAAUCCUCACUAAACCUCAUACUGGGUUUCAUGUUGCCUUUAAAAUGCUGGAUACAGAUGGUAAUGAGAUGAUUGAGAGAAAGGAGUUUGUUAAGCUGCAAAAGAUCAUAAGUAAACAAGAUGAUUUCAAGACAAUGAAAACUGGUGAAACAGAAUAUCAGGAAUCAACAGUGAAAGAACCUGAAGUUAACACAACCCUUCAGAUGCGUUUCUUCGGGAAAAGAGGAGAAAAAAAACUUCAUUAUAAUGAAUUUCGAAGAUUUAUGGAAAAUUUACAAACAGAGGUUCAAGAGAUGGAAUUCCUUCAGUUUUCUAAAGGUCUGAAUUUCAUGAGAAAAGAAGACUUUGCAGAGUGGCUACUUUUUUUCACUAACACUGAAAAUAAAGACAUUUAUUGGAAAAAUGUAAGAGAGAAGCUAUCAGCAGGAGAGAGCAUUAGUUUGGAUGAGUUCAAGUCAUUUUGCCAUUUUACGACGCAUUUGGAAGACUUUGCUAUCGCCAUGCAAAUGUUUAGCUUAGCUCAUCGCCCUGUUAGACUGGCGGAAUUUAAGAGAGCUGUGAAAGUAGCAACAGGACAAGAACUUUCAAACAAUAUUUUGGAUACUGUCUUCAAGAUCUUUGAUCUGGAUGGUGAUGAAUGCCUUAGCCAUGGAGAAUUUCUUGGGGUGUUAAAAAACAGGAUGCAUCGAGGUUUAUGGGUACCACAACAACAGAGUAUACAAGAAUACUGGAAAUGCGUAAAGAAAGAAAGCAUUAAAGGAGUAAAAGAAGUCUGGAAACAAGCUGGAAGAACCCUUCUUUAAAAUACACACACAGCGGUAGCAGAGUCUUGCAGCAGAAGCAUGCUGUGCCCAUAAAAUACACACACUCUCACACACACACACACACACACACACACACACACACACACACUUCAGCAAUUACAUAGCUACAAAUGUCGGAAUUUGUAGUAUGUUUUCAAAGAAUGAACUACUUCUGUUCUGAUUUCUUCUUGAUGUGUGUACUCAUCUUCUGAUUCAAUAAUUUCUUGAUAAAUUUUCAUUAAAGAAUUUAAAGAAAA